AUGGAUUCAUUAAGCCAACUGUCUAUUUCGGAAAUAUCCCAGAGGAUUGUGGACAUACAAGAGAACACUAAGGAGAAUACCACUGCAAUGUGCACAGAACUGAAGGAUCACAUGCUGGCACGACAUAAUGACCAUGCUACUUUAAGAAAGGACUGCAAGGAAAUUGCAGAGCAAGUUACAGCACUUGUGGAAGAAUACAAGUCGGAGGGAAAGAAGGAAAGAGACAGAGUUGUUAAGAGAGUGAUAUCGCAGAAGUUGGAGAUCUUGGUGGACUCAAUCAUGCACCAAGAGAAUCGGCUGAAGGGUGGUUUAAUUAAGAACAAGCGGGAGUACUUUGAAGUCAGCAAGGAAAUAAUUUCAACCAUAAUUGAAACAAUUGGGAAAGUACUGGACGUAGCAAUUACAUCGCACAUGUUUUAUCCGUUUGUGAUAAAAAUGUCCAGAAAGCUGUCACUUUUGUCUAUGGCCAGUGGAAGCUUCAUUCCCGUCACAUACUACCCAAUGCACAUGAUGAGCCAGAUGGCGAAGAUAUCUUCCUCUUCUGUUCCAGUGCAGCCUGUCCCUGAAAAUGCAAUUAAAGUAACUGACAGGUACAUCAUAAGCAACGUAUACAAUGACUAUGUCAUGAACAAUUGCCUGGAUAUAAUUGGAGAGUGCAUCAAACAGUAUGCAAAUAGUCUGUCAUUCCCAGAGUACUCAGCAUACAUUGUUGUGGAGCUGAAGAGAAUUCGUAACUCACAGAAUAAGUGCAGCUCCUGGGUGAACUCAAAGAUUGAAGGAAUCAUAAAGGCAGUAAAGGCGCACACAGAAAGAAUUCAAAGCAUAAGGGAAGGCAUUACAUCAACGGAUGUCUCUACCAUCAGAAAGGUUGAAGAGAAGAUACCUGCAUUCCAGAUGAACAUUGAAUAA